AUGGCGCUAAGUUUGAAGUCAACAUCGUCAAGGAUUUUAUUUCCUUUAAUUGGAUAUACCCUUAUCUGUUCAAGCUUGGCUAAUAGCAAUUUCGGAUGUCGUGAUGAAAAUAACAAAGUGGUCGACUGGAUAAUUGCCUACAAAUUUCCAAAUGAAUUUUCCUAUGGUCUAGUAACACCUGAUAAAACUAAUUGGUUCUCAAACAAUGAUGAUUUGAGAUAUGAUGGCUUUUUAAAAUACACAUUCGAUCAAGUAUUUAACGACACUGGCACUGAUUUUGCCUUUGGGAUGUAUAAUGAUGAAGUUCCCCAGCAUUUGUCUAAAGGGGAUGUCUGGUAUGGCCACAUGAAAGGUCUUUUCGCCUUCCCCGAAAAUAAUCGAGGUUUCUGGCUUAUUCAUAGUGUCCCCAAGCUCUCAAUGAAACCAAAUAUAUAUGUAUAUCCAAAUACUAGCAAGGAGUACGCUCAGCACUUCUUUUGCGUAACAUUAAACUAUUCCACUGAUCAUCUUGCCAUAAGUCGUCCUCUUAUUGAGAGCUUUAGACUUCCUAAAUCAAUUGAGAAGUCGAUUCCGAAACUGAAAGAUAUUUUCAGUCAUAAGGCGAGGAAAAAUGCUAGUUUGUUUUUGUCAUCAGAUCUCAAUGCCACAAGAGAUGACAUAUUUCUGCGAAUAAUUUCAAAAUCUCGCAAGUUUUACCAAGAUUUGUAUUCUGAUUUGGUCGCUCCUGAUUUGAAAGUUCCACUCCUCGUUGAAACUUGGCGGCAUUCCACUUCAAACCUUCCAUCAAAUUGUACCACCAAAUAUUGGGUGCAAAAUAUCGAAAAACUAGAAUGGCCCAAAUCGAUGAAUGUGAAGUUCAAGUCAACGCAAGAUCACUCCAAAUGGACAACUUCUACUAACGAAGAAGGUGACAAGUGGACUUGCUUUGGUGACAUUAAUAGAUCGGGGAGUCAGUUUGCGAGAGGUGGUGGUACACUUUGUAUAAAGGAUCCGAGAAUCUGGAAGCUCUUCCGCAAUCUAGUCGUUAAAGUUGAAGAUUGUCCGAUCACCAUUCCUUGGAGCAAACUAUAUCCUUCUUUGCCCCUUAACUGA